AGGAGAGACAGCCUGUCCUCCCUGCUCCUCUCUCAGUCUCUGGUCGGAGAAGCCCCCGGAGCCUCCACACUGGGACUAUCCGAUGAGAAGAUGCGGGCCGCGGGGCAGCAGCUGGCCGCCGCGCUGCUCCUGUUUGCCGCAGUGUGCGGGGCAGCGCGGGCCGAGGUGAUCGAUGACAUCCUGGGCAGCCUCAACAGGGGAGCAUCCUUCCUGGAGCGGCAGCAUGAGCACAUCAACCUGGACGGGGUGGUCGGGUUCCUCAUGCUGCAGGCUGAACUGAAGGAGGCGGUUCGGACGUGGCCCCACAGCGACCCGGUCAGCUGGGCUCAGAGAACCACCGCCGUCGCUCUCGUCAAACGUCUCGACCAAACCUUCGACAAGGCCGUCGCUGCCCUGCAGCAGAACGACCCAAAGUACUACAGAGAGUUCGAGCCUCUGAUGUCGUGGACUUUCUGGGUGAUUCCUCCCGGGUUGAGCGCCACAGAUCCGAGCCUGGUCUACCCGUCCACCGUGACCACCGAGUGCUACGACGAGCAGCUCAGUGACAAAUGUCUGACCUUGCUGCUGGGAACCUGGAAGAUGAACGGGACGCCAUGCAUCGUCACCAAACCCUGCCGGGACACCAUGACUCAAUUCGGUUGUCCACACUACUCUCUGUCCCACCAGCUGCUCUACUUCAUGAUCGGGAAAAUGCGAGGCUGCACCAACCUGCUGAAAGGCGACACUCGACCGUCCCGAGAGAACAUGACCGAACGCAGCUACGAGAAGAUCUUCUGCUCCAACAUGAUGAAGACCAACCAGGACAUCAUCAGAGACGGUCUGACCGAGCAGACGGUCGACAUCUUCAUUGAGAACAUCCUGAUUUGCGGAUUGGCCGGUUUCUCCGACUUCUACAAAGCUGAUUGGCUGCAGCACAUCCUCAGGCUGCAGGAUGAGGAAGUGGGCUGCUUCGGGAGAGACAAGAGCGUCAUCUCUCAGAUCAUUGGAGACGAGCUGCUGGAACAACUGCAGCCUCACAGGAGAGUGAAGAGGAGGGAGAAAAUACUUCCAGACGGCUGUUCCAGUCACAUGACGGCGGUGGCUGUCGGCGCUCUGGGAGGAUACCUGAACUACUACCUGUCAGAACAGGACAUAACGAAGAGGCCGCUCUCCUGAAACCUCCCUCCCUCCCCCCAGCCUCCCUCCCUCCUCAUGGGGUUCGUUCACAUUAGAAAAACGCUGUAGAUCAUCAGGUAGAGAUGCUCUUCACGGCUGGAGACUGACUCCCGACACAAUAUGUUGCUUCAUGAACAUAGUCGUAAGAUGAUGAAAAUGCUUAAUAAAACGCUGGGAUGUGGCUGUUUUGACACAAAAUGUAUUUCUACCUAUAUUUCUUCAUUUUGUAUUCUGUGAUUAUAAUGAGGAAGAUGCUGAAUCCCAAUAAAGACGCCUUUAGAAAGUAGUGAUGCUCCAAUCCCACAGGAAGUGAUCAGGAUUCUUGGUUACUCUUUACAGAGAAGUAGUUAAUAAACAGUGACUCUGAUCUUCAACCAGCUAUCGUCAAAGAGCAGUUCGUGUUCCUGUCCAUGUGGAGUUGGACAUGCUGCUGUUGUCUCCAGUUACAGGCAGGCAGGCGGCCUGUGGAUGCAACGAGCUAGCAGGGUCUCUUACAGUGUGUCAGAUUACACACAGGAAGUUUUCAAGCCUGUUUCAAGCUUUGACGCUCCUGUGUUAGCCAGCUCUCCCGUAGUGCUUUAAACUCUCAGUCCAGGCAGUGUCUGCACAGCUAACUGGGCUAACUAGCUAACAGCCACUGCAAUUAGUUUGUUAGCGGUUACUUUAGCAACAAGCAAAGCUAUCUGUUGUCCAUAGUAUAUAAUAAAGUUAUAACAUGUUUCAUAAAAUGAAUGAAAUAAAAAUUCAUUAAAUUCAA